UUUCCUAUCGAACCACUGAUUGGCACGGACGGACACUCCUGGCCACUCACGGACCGGGCGUUCACUUCAGUUCACACCGGACGUCAACGUUGGUGGAAAUGGUUCACGGACACCACUUUUGGCAUCUAGUGCUCCUUGGAUUGAUCGCAACGCUAGUAACCAUCAGCAGCACCGAACACGUUGACAUUUUUGAGCAAUUUGAAAAUCCAAACGCCACGACGCAAAAGGGAAAUGAUGCCCUGAACGAGGAGGAAGGUUCGGAGGAGGUCCAUACCAUGCAACCGACCAGUUGCGUCGAGGAUGUACUUCCCACCGAUCCGGUCGUGAUGAACGAAAAGCUGGAGCACGAGCUGGAACCACCGUCGGCCCCCGGUGGAGAGAAACUCCACGAGCCACCGAAUCUGCCGGAGAUGUUCAACAAACUAUCGAGUGGAUUCCUCAGCCCCAACAUCUUUCGUAUCGGCGAAAACGUCAAGAAGCUGCUCAUCGGUAUCAAAGAGAAGGUGCAAGGGUAUGGGCGCAGUGCGGUGGCCAAAUUCGAACAGCUACGUCACCAGGCGGUACAACGAGUGAAGCAAAAGGUGGACGAGAUCAAUACGAGUGUUCGGGAACGGUUCGAGAACGAGUUCGUCGAGUACCGGGACGUGUGUCUGCCGGAUGAGAAUCGGUGCAUGAAGCUGCUACACUCACGGAUCGAACAGUACGAAGAGGAAUUGCGCCAGAACAUGGAACAGUGCAACGAUCGGUUCGCGGAGGAUCUGGCCAAACAGCGGCAGUCGGUCGAUCAGGCCCAGCGCUCGAUGAAUGGACCGUUCCGGAAGAUUGACGAUUGCCUCGACCGGGAUGCUGGACUGGGGCGUAGUUUUCUCACGUGCGUCGGCAGUGCGAUGGCGAAUCUGGCGAAGGGUGUAACCGAGGCCCAGGAUCGUCUUACCCAGGAGAUGCGCAAGGUUUCUGGCCAACUGACGGAGCGGGUCGACAAGUACGACCAGUGUGUCGUCAAGCGACGCCGGUUGCUGGAACAGAACGAGAAGCAACUAACGGAAUCGGCCAAGGGUUGCCUCAAGAAACAACAGACGAUACCGGAGGACUUCUUCUAAAGACCGGGGCAUUUCCUAUGAGGCAUUUGCGCUACUCACACUCGAUGGAGAUGUCCUUGGAGGCACGAUAAAACUCGGUUGUCAAUUGAAUUAUUCCACAGCA